GUUCCGCUCAAGCCGAACGUUUCAGCAACUCAAUCAAGCAACUAGACUACAUACUGCGCCCGGGUUUCCAGAGCAAUGGCGAAAGGACCUUUCUUCACGGCGGAGGACGCCAAGUCGGCCUUCAACCUCUUCUGCUGCAUCUACGGUGUUGGAACGCUUGGUAUGCCCGGCAACUUCUCGCGUGCCGGCCCCUAUCUGGCCGUGGUCGCCAUGGCCUUCAUGGCCUUCGCGAACAUUUACUCGUCCCUCACAAUGUCCAAGGUCAUGCUGCUAGCGCCCAAGUCCGUCAAGACCUUCGGAGAUCUGGGCGAGUGGUGCAUGGGCCAAACUGGUCGUUGGCUCUGCGUCAUCUCGCAAAUGGGCUCGUGCCUACUCAUCCCCUGCGUCUUCCUGGUGCUCGGUGGCUCGUUGCUCGAUGGCCUCUUCCCGGAAGCCUUCAGCCAGACCACGUGGAUCAUCCUCAUGGCGCUCAUGGUGUUGCCCGUGUGUCUGGUCCCCACUCUCAAGGAAGGAGCUGCCGCCGCAUUCGCUGGAUGCCUCGGCACCAUCGUUGCCGACGUCCUGGGCGUUGCCGUGGUCAUGCACGGUCUCAGUGGCCACCCCAGCGUGCCGUCGCCCGACCUCUCCUUCUCGCAGGUCGCCGGCUGCUUUGGCAACUUGUCCCUCGCCUACGGUGCCGGCAUCGUGAUCCCCGACAUCCAGCGCCAGCACAGCGACCCCAAGCGUAUGCCGCGCGUCGUGGUCGUCACCGUCGGCAUUAUCUCCAUUCUCUUCCUCAUCCUGGCCAGCACGGCGUACUCGGCUGUGGGCUGCCAGAUCUCCGGCAACCUGCUCUUCACCAUCUACCCCGAUUCGGAGACCGGCCUCACCCACUUGGGGUUCGCUCCGAACUGGGGGACCAUCGUGCUCGCCUACCUCUUCAUGCAGCUCCACAUCACAAUCGCCUUCGCCGUGAUCAUCAACCCGGCGUUCUACAUCGCCGAGCGGCUCUUCUUGGGCAUGCACAAGGAAGUGCAGCAGACGCACGAGGACCUCGAGAUCGCCACCAACUACCUGCAGACGUCCACCCCAGCCGAUCUGGCCGUGAAGGACUCCGUGCGCAGCUCCAAGAUGUCGUACGUGUCUGUGGCUGACGCCGAAAACGUGCACAAGUACGACACCGAGGAGGAGGCGCUGGAGUACCGCGGCGCGAACGCCAUCAAGUACGUCGUCAUGCGUAUCGUCAUUGUGGUGGUGCUGGUCAUCAUCUCGAUUGUGCUGAAGGACGACUUCACGUCCCUGGCAGACUUCGUCGGCGCGUCGUGCAUCACGGUCAACUGCAUCCUGCUGCCUAUCGUCUUCUACCUGAAGAAGUCGUGGAGCAACGUGGCCAUGUGGGAGAAGGUGGCGGGCAGUAUCGUGGUGGUCAUUUGCUUCUCGCUGGGCUGCUACGUGACGUACACCACGGGCCAAGGAGCUGUUCGCUCCAUCCGACGACGAGGUGGAGUUCCCGUACUGCGCGCCUGAGUUCGAGCACACGGUGUACUACAACGUCAGCGCCGCGAACUAGGGCUUCUUACACGGCUAGGUGGGGUUCGUACUAGCGUUACAGUAGCAUAAUGCGAAAUCAUUUGUUGGUUUUC